CCCUGCUCAUUCUCAGGCCGGGUAGGACCCCAGCAACAACACUGCGAUCGGUUCAACCUACGAAGAUUGGGCUCUACAAUCGCCAUCCAUCCUUUGAAUAGACAACAUUUUGUGGAAAUAGAUCACUGUCACUGAUCAGAAGAUACCCUAAGUUGUUGAACCGAAUCAGAAGGCACUGGGAAGAGGCGCAAAGAAAAAUUUCCAUACUCGAUGACAGUACAUCGCAAUGUCCGAUCGUUUGGGGCAAAUAACCAAGUCCAAGGAUGGGAAAAGCAAGUAUUCCUCACUCAGCCUAUUUGACAAGUACAAGGGAAAAUCAAUAGAAACCCAGAAAAACACAGUAGUUCCGCGACAUGGCUUGCAGAGUCUUGGAAAAGUGGCCACAGCCCGGCGCAUGCCCCCACCUGCUCACCUGCCGAGCUUGAAGUCUGAAAACAAAGGAAACGAUCCCAACGUGAUUAUAGUGCCCAAAGACGGUACAGGAUGGGCGAACAAGCAGGAACAACCAGAGCAAAAGAGUUCUAUUGCAUCAAUACCACAGCUGCCGGAGUUGCAGCCACAGCCGGCUUUACAGAAAUCUGUCUCCAAUCUUCAGAAGCCCUCACCAGUAGCCAACCAGGAGAACACAAACACAGGUGGACCAAAGCAAUGGGCCCAGCUAAAUGGAAAGGCAGUAGAGCAAGAUGGUUCAAGGGCCUCAAACCGACUUCAGCCCUUCUCUCACGAGGAAUUUCCCACGCUGAAGGCAGCUGGAGAACAGGACAGAGUUGGCAAGGAAAGAAGCGGCUUCGAUCCGUCGUAUGGGCCCGGACCAAGCCUCCGCCCCCAGAAUGUGACGAGCUGGAGGGAAGGUGGUGGCAGGAACCUUCAGCCCUCGUCCCUGACCCUCAGCCUGCCAGCAGAUCCUGAGGGUAAACCCACUGCCCUGGGUGAGAACGGCACCCCUCCAGCCUCAUCUCACCCCACCUCUGCCACCGGCACCACCACCUCGAGCGUAGUGACGGCUCAGUCACCAGGCCUCGACCCCAAGGAGCCUUCCCUACGACCCGCCCAGCCUGUGCGCAGAACAACCGUCCCUACUGCCCUGCAGUACCAGCUUCAUCACACUUCAACUGCUGUUUACCAUGACAUGUUGCCCGCAUUUAUGUGCUCUAAAGAGACACGUGAAGCCCCAGGUACUGAUCAUGUUCCUACCACCGUAGCAGCCCCAGCCAGGUUUGAGAGUAAACCCACUUUUAGGCAGAGUUACAACAAACCUGAACUUGUCAAUGGUGAUGCUAGAAGAGAGAGCCGCUUUGUUCGCGCUCCUCCUCGACUCUCUACUCAGCCAAUCCGCAGGCCUGGAGACAGACCACUUCGCCCUGCCAUUAUUAAUCCAGAGGAUUUGAAGGAUCUGGAUGAGCUUGACAAUGACUGUGAGGAUGGAUGGGCCGGACUUCAUGAAGAAGUUGAUUAUAGUGAGAAGCUCAAGUUCAGUGAUGACGAAGAAGAACACUCUUCCGGAGAUAAAAGCAAGAUGUGGGCUGAGUGGGAGAGGGAGCGAGAGAACCAGCGGGACUGCCAAUCCUCCCUUAGUUCAGGGGAGGCAUCUUACCCUCAGGAGGGCCCAGAGGAGAGUUAUUCCUACCAACAUCACCACCACGAGCCUCCUAGGAAGACGAACGGCAGAUACCUCUCUACGGACACCCAGAAAAAUCCAGGUGAGUCACUGACUGACCAGGAUGAUCCCCAGCGGCAGUCUCAGACUCAAGCACCGGCGAGGGCAAAGUAUGUUUCACCUGAGCUGUCUGAGGCUGUUGAGAGAGCACGCAGGCGUCGGGAGGAGGAAGAGAGGCGUGCCCGCGAGGAACGGCUGGCUGCAUGCGCUGAAAAACUCAAAAAACUGGAUGAGAAGUUUGGGAAGACUGAAAGACAGAUGUCAAGGACAGAGGAUGGCCAGAAGGAGAUAGAGGGCAAAGAAAUCCCGUUGUCCCCAAGCAGGGAGCAGAUUAAAAGUCACCCUGAGAACUGGCAGUACAGCACAAAAGAUGGAAGUGAGUGCCCCCCAGACAACUCUGUUGGCCAUAGUUACCGUGAAGAUCCUGCCUUCUCUACCUACCGUGGCAGUGAAGAUGAUGGCCAGGAGCCCUCCUCCCCCUCUGGUGACUACGGUGGGCGCCAUCCUUCCAAACCAGUACCACCACGCUUUCAAAAGCAGCCACAACACCACCAGCAGCAGCAGGAGCAGGUGUUCAAAGUGCAGCCUUGGCAGCAGUCCGGUCACCCUGCUCCAUCGGGUUCCCAGCGUGGCUACUACCCACCACAUGUUCUUGGUUUUGAUCCCCGCUGGAUGAUGAUGCCGCCUUUCAUGGAUCCCCGCAUGACCCAAGGACGAUCUCCUGUGGACUACUACCCUGGUCCUGUCCACUCUUCAGGAAUGGUAAAACCCAUCAUGCAUCAAGACCAUUUGAACAGUCCUGGUUCUGAUGAGGGAUGCCAUCCCAACCUACACCAGGAGAGACGAGCCCCUUCCACUGAGCCUUACCCUGUAUGGAACCAAGAAGGUUACCCCUUGCGUAGCUUUACUCCACCUUACCAGAGACAACAUGAAAGUUCAGAUAGUGGCCAGCCUGAAGAAAGAGGUGAUAGGGCCUCCUCCCAACAGGACUCCUAUGAGGAGAGAGCCAAUGAUUGCCUGACGCACAUUCAAGAUGAUCUCCCACAUCAUGCUUACCAGAGCAGAGGCUCGGACCGAGAGCUUCAUCACCAUGACCAAGGCUUGCUCACCACUGCUCAGAACCUCUCACAGAAUCCGUCAGAGAGUGAGUACCCAAAACAAGACAAGCAUCUGAAAGAUGGCCUUGAAUCUCACGAUGAGACUUUCGAUGGGUCCAAAGACAACUGGAAAAGAGAUGGAAGCCAGAAACAAGAUGGGGGACUCAACAGUGCCCAAAGCCAGUGGUCCGAAGCUAGCUCCAGUUCCAGUAGCAGUAUCAGCCAGCCAUCUGAGAACAGUGGGCGAACCUUGACUCGCAGAACCGGGCCCAUCAAGAAACCAGUCCUUAAGGCUCUCAAGGUCGAAGAUAAAGAGAAUGAAAAGCCUAAACCUGAGCCUGAGGAGAAGGUUGUCCCCUACCGCCUGGAGAAAGAAGUCCUGACCAAUGUUUAUGACUUGAAGAAAGAUAACCAGCCUGCCACCAACAGGCGUUCAGCCUCACCUGUUAUUGAGAAACAGCCUGAAGAAAGGCAGCGUCAGUCACCAGCUCCGAGUAAAAUGGACAGGCCCCUGAGCACCCACAUUGACGACUCUCCCAAGGAGAGCGCCUGGGGCGGUGGAAAGAACCAGUCACCUAGAGAGAGCCAGGAAAACCGAGAACCCCAGGCACCACGGCGUAAUAACUGGAUUUUUAUUGAUGAAGAACAAGCGUUUGGUGGAGUCAGGGGCACAGGGAGAGGCCGCAGUCGAGGCUUUAGGGAAUUUAGCUCUAGAGGUGGAACCCGUGGUGGCCGAGGUGGAGAUAAUCUCAGAGGGCCUUACAACAACAAUAACAACGGCAGUGGUGCUCAGCGGGCAGGCAGAGGUCGAGGCCCGCCCCGGGACCUUAUCAAGGUUGAGGAGUUCCAGAGGGGUAAGCCCCGUAGGCGAAAUGUCAGCGAGACCUUGAGUGAAGCUUCCGAGUACGAAGAACUUCCCAAGAGGCGCCGCCAGAAGGGAUCUGAAAAUGGAGAAGGUUACACAGAGUCUGGAGAAGUCCGAAAAGCUGAUAGAGACUCUUGGAGAUCCAACAAAGUGUACACCGAUGACCAGGCAGCACCAGACUCCAGAGAAAAGACCAAGGUCGGUAGGGGCUUUGGAGGUCGCGUGUUGCCACCCAGACUGAACGCAGCUGGUGGCUACAGCCGAGGUUUUGGAGGAUCCAGGGAUAUUUCUACGUGGAGAGGCCGUGGACCCCAGUUCAGUGGCGGCAGCAGUGGCUCCAUGCAAGAAAAUGGCUAUGGUCCUGGAGCCGAGACUACUUACACCCGCAGACCCCCAGUGGAACGUGACGCCCUCAAGUACAAUCCGAAAUUCGCUGGCUCCUUCUUGGAAAAUGGCACAGAGGACCGUGAAGGGGAAUACUACUUUGACAAUGACAACCCUGACAGGCAGAUGUUAAGGAGACGACGACCUCCACGUCAAGACAAGCCUCCACGUUUCCGUCGUCUGCAACAAGAGCGUGAGCCUGGGUCAAACCAAUGGACAAGUGAUGAGUACAUAAAUGGUGACUUUGCAAAUCCCUGGCCGGGUCGCUCCAAAGGCACUGCAGAUGACAACUGGCCCAGUGGCCAUUACUCUGGGCGCUCUAGCCAGCACGGUCAGGCGGAGGAAUGGGAGACGGGAUCGGACAACAGUGAGUUCAGUGACUGGAGAGAGAAGCGAGGUGGAAGCGGAGGUGUUGCUACACAGGGACAUGGUGACAUCCCCUCAGAUUCUGGCCAUAGUGAACCAGGCUCUGUCGAGAAGAGGGAGCUUUCCAAGAGAAGCUUCUCCAGUCAGAGACCUUUGGUGGAACGGCAGAACAGGAAAGGAGAGCCGUCACUGCUGGAUGCGAGCAAGAUGACUCGUGCAUCUGAUAAUCCUCCCACGUUGUCCUCUAACAGGAGUGAUUCUUGGCAGAAUGGAGGGACUUCUUGUAAGAGUCGGAGUCCAGAUGAUUCAGGCCCAGUCUACAGCAUAGAGCAGCCGCCAGAGGAUAGAGAGCCCAGUGACCCCUCAGGGAAGAAAAUGGACAAGGAUCUGAAGCCUGGACCUGUCAAGACAGACAUUGCUGAACCUCUCUCACAGCUCAGCAGCUACACAAUUGAGGGAGAUACAGGGGGACCUGGUUCGAAUCCAGACGGAUACCAGGAUGGCUUAUCCAAAAAGCAAAGACGUCCACAGGAAGAUGAUAGAAGGAGGAAGGAACAGGGAACCAGUGUGCCGGUGAAAAACAGAACCAUCACAUCCAAGAUACCACCGCGCUUUGCCAAAAAGCAGGGAAGCAUGAGCAUUGAACAACCCGAGGAUGCAAUUUCUUCCAACAAUCUUGGAACUGAAAUUUGGGAGACCAACAGCUCAGCUCUUUCAGUGCAAUCUUCAGGUGGAGACUCGUGGACUAAACAGGUGUCUUACGCUGGGAGUGAGCCCAACUCUGAGGACUCCGAUCCUGGCCCAGAACAGAGUAAAGAGCAGCACAAACCAGGGCCCAUUGGAAAUGAACGCUCCCUGAAGCACCGUAAGGGCUCUGAAGGUGUGGAUCGGCUGGAAGGUGGCCCUAUCACACCAGUCAACGGCGUGGACCUCCAUGUGGAUACGGUGCUACCUGUGCCUCCUAUUGAGUUUGGUGUCAGUGCCAAAGACUCAGAUUUCAGUCUACCACCGGGUUCUACACCAGUGCCUGUGUCCAAUCCUGUAAACAAGCUUCAGGACGCACUUACCACCAAUACGGCUCUCAAUCAGGGUAUCCCCAUGCUGCGUUCCAACCACCUGCAGCCUGGCAUUAACCUCAACCCUAUAUCCUUCCCCAGUGCCGACCUCACUCUCAAGAUGGAGUCAGCACGUAAAGCGUGGGAGAACUCCCAGUCUCUGCCUGAGCAGGGCUCUCCUGGUGGAGGUGCUUCGGGUGCCCAGCCUCCCUGCAGUGUUGGCUCAUCCACUGGUGUCAGCUACAGUUCUUUUGGAGGCGUUUCCAUGCCUCCAAUGCCUGUUGCAUCAGUUGCGCCCUCCAUGUCCAUGCAAGGUAAUCAUAUUCCCCCAUUGUACUUGGAUGGUCACGUCUUUCCAAGCCAGCCGCGCCUCGUACCUCCCACCAUGACCCAGCAACAGACCUACCAACAGGCUGCAGCCCAGCAGAUCCCCAUCUCUCUACACACAUCUCUUCAGGCUCAGGCUCAGCUGGGGCUUCGGGGUGGUCUACCCGUCUCUCAGUCCCAAGAGAUGUUCAGCUCCAUUCCUCCCUUCAGGUCCCAGGUUUACAUGCACCCCAACCUGUCACAGCCCAGCCCCAUGGUGCUAUCAGGCGGAGCCCCUCUCAAGGGCCCUUACUCUGCUUUCCCUGGUAUGCAGCCGUCAGACAUGGUCAAGCAGCAGUCGGGCUCUCACUACCAGCCUAUGAACGGCAGCCAGCAGCUAGUUUAUGACAGCCAGAUGAACCAGGGGCCCGGCAUGGGUUCCUCACAAUUAAUGGACUCUCAACUCAUCCAGGUGACUAUGCCCCUGCCUGGCUCUCAGCUGCGCUACGGCUCAGCUCAGCAACAUCUCAUCCUCCCACAGUCUAUUCAGCUGCAACAGGGACAGAACUUGUCAGUGGGAGCCCCGCGACGAAUGCUGCCACCAGGCUCUCAGGCAGUCAUGACUGGCAGCAGAGAGGGCUCACAGAUGGAAAUGAAAGGUUUCCAGUUCUCUGAUAAGCCCAGUCAUUCGCCAGGCAUGUCUGGAGGUUCAUACAGGCCUGGUUCUGCCAGCCCCAGUGGAAAAAACUCCGGUCCUGGGGGGCCAGUAGGUCCUCUUCCUACACAUUUUGCUCAGCAGGUUCAAUCUGCUCAAGGCGGCAUGGUGAUGCACAUGCGCCCCCCCACCACAGGCCCUUUCCCCACCACCACAGGCCAUUUCCCUAACCCCAUACAAAGACCUGGCAUGCAAGGCAACAAGCCUGUCAUCAUCCGCUCCACCCCUUACCCUAAUCCCGGCCGCGACCCCUCCCACUCCACCCCUCCUUCGGCCCCCGAGCCCCAAGUCAAAGGGCCAGAAGAUGGCAUGAAGAAUAAAACGAUGCGAGACGUGCGCAAGGCGGUGGGGGAGGGCAAAGUACCAUCCGGGGGCAUGACCAGCAAACUCCAGGAGCCCCUGCCCUCCUCGGGUCAGGCCAAACCAGCACGCACCGGAGCCAUCAAACCCCAGGCUGUCAAAGUAGAAGAGGGCAAGGCAUAACAAUGGACCUUAAACUCCUCAUCAACACAACGCCUGCCAACACAAAGCUCCUUGACCAACGUCUGAGCCUUCUCAAACCACCUUAGCCCAAGGCGCCAAGGCAAGGGGCAUGCAUUGUAACGUACUGCCCCUCUUGAACUCUCAGAACUUGGACACUAUAUUUCACACCACGUAUAGAGAUAUAUAAAUAUAUAUAUAUAUAUAUAUAUAAAUAUAUAUAUAUAUGCAUACACACAAACAGUCUUUUAAACAGAUCUCUUCAAGGUCCUCAUUAAUUUAUUAUUAGUCACUUUUAAGGGGAGAUUGGUAAUGAGGAAAGACAUUUUGUUUAUUGUGUUUUUUCUCUGAAGUGGGGACAAGGAAGAUGACCAACUCGGAUGGUUCAUUUUUUUCAUACCGUUUUGCCAAAACCGUAUUUACUCCCUGUUUAUGGACCGAAGCCUUUAAGACCAGGCACACACUCGAUACAAUUUACCACGAGAAGCAAAGUCUGUUCGGAUUUUUUUUUUUUUUUUUUUUUAACAAAUUUGAAAUGCAGUGGGGCACUUCUUUUGUCAUUUUUUUUUCCUUUGGUGUUUUGCUGGUAAAUAAAAGUUGCAGUUAUGACCACCCAUUCACGCUAUUGUUAAAGGACUUAUUUUAUUAACCCAGAAAAUAAAAAUGAAAAAAACAAAAACAAAAAAAAAAACCUAACCCCAAUUUUUUGGACAUCACUGCAUGUCGUCAUAGCAGAAGUCGAGCGCGUCACACCCAGAAACGCAUCGUCUGGGGGCACACACGAACUGUGGCAAAAAACUUCUCUGACUGGUAGAAACUAUUUCUUUCCUUAAAACUGUUACUUGCUUUUCCAUUCUGUUGCUCACUUCGUUCUGUGCGUAACUCGAACGACAAAAAAAAAAAAAAAGACGGGACAUUUCACCAAAAUCAUGUCGCUUCCAUUGGAACUUCACUGGCGUUGGCACGGCGUGUGCAUGUGAUGUGCUGAACGUGUGCGUAAACUUGCGGGACUCCUGCCUAGAAGCUAGCGACAUUUGUCACAAAGAACUCAAAGCACCUGAACUCUGCAUCGGCUGUGUGGAAUUUUUGAUCGAGGCGGCAUCAAUUUUGGGGCUCGUUGUGAUGUUCGGGGAUGGGUCGGGGAAAGGGGGGGGGGGGCAUUCACCAUUGUAAAAGAGCCUCCAAAAAACAACUGAUUGAAACGUUUGCUUUCUUAUCGCUUUGCUUGGGUUGUUACGAAUCAAGUUGUCUGUUUAUGAACAUGUGAUGUAAGUGAUUUUUUUUUUAUUUUACAUCCCUCAGCCUGCUUCUUUUUUUUUUUUCUUUCAAUGCUCCUUGAAGAUUUUUUUUUCCCUCUUUUAAUUUUGAUCCUAUCCCACUUAACAAUGCGGUGGAGAAGUCUCAUCAACGUUUGAUUAUUGAACAUCUGGUCUCUGACGUGGCACUAGCAAUAAAUGCAGGCUAACUAUACUCACAAUCAGGGUCCAAAUGAAACUUUUCUGUUCAAAGCUAACGAUCACAAAUGAGGGGUGUUUAGCGUCGCUUGUUGAAAUAAAAUGCGAUCUUUGCUUGAGCUUUUUUUUUUUUUUUUUUUUGUGUGUGUGUGUGUGUGUGUUUGAGCACAGCAGUUCCAGUGGACUACGAAGGACUUUUUAAAGUGUUUGUUCUAUUUUAAAAUGUGAAGCUGUUGCAAUCAUCAUUUAUUUUGUUUCUUUUGUAAUGGACACAUUUUGAAACUCACAAUGCCAACGUCAUAACUGGUUAAAUGUUACUGCUUACUAUAAUGCUCCAUGACACUACAAAAUGUUUAUCUUUAUGACAGUGUUUCACUGGUAUAUGUGUAUAUGCAUACUUAACUGUACAGUCGGGCCUCGUCGACGGUGACGGGCUCAAAAGUCAUAUUUCAUUUUAGAUAUUGUGGCACUAUAAAGGAUUUAAUGUUGAAAAAGGUCACUGUGUUCUCAGAAUGGACUGCUUUCACUUAUUGGUAGGUCUGUCGGGCUUGGAGUGUUUUUGGCUCUUAUCCCUUUCUGCAAGAGAUGCUUCUCAUCAAUGUACCUGCACCAAAAUGUUACCCAGAGUUUUUUCCUUUUUUUUUUUUUUUUUUGUAUUUUUAAGAUGCAUAUUUCUUUUUUCUUUUUUUCUUGUCAGAGGACCAGUGCUUUCUACAGCUGAUCCAGCAUUCUAUUUAUCCUACCUGACCUUUAUCCUUUCAGGUAUUUGGUCAUUACUUUCCCUCGUUUAAAGGAAAAAAAAAAAAGCUUAUUGAAAGAAAAGAAAUAAAGCAGUUGUGAUUUCUUAAAUGUACUGUUGAUUCUGUAUUCUCACUUUGGCAUUGUAACCGUGCUUCAUAUUCGUACGAAAGCGGGAAUGGAUUUGGAGUUGACACUUUUAUAUGGAAGCUCAAAAGAGAAGAAGAGCUUUGGUCUUUACGCUCUCCUGGUGACUUACUGGUGUUUAAUGCGAAAAAAGUAUUGAUAAAUUGAAGUGGAAGGACGUGCCGGGGGGGGAAUUACUUCAUUGUGCUUUUAUUGCGCGUGUACACACUUGCGCGCGCACACACGCGUGCAUAUGUGCGUUUGUGCCUAAGCUUAUGCAGGUGUGUACAGUGUACAUGCUUAUGUGCAUGUGUGUCUACACGUGUGUGUGUGUGUGUGUGUGUGUGUACAUGCGUACGUACACAUUGUCCAAGAUGGUCGUGAAGGGGUAAAAAAAAGAAUAUAACUCGGCAGCUCAUGAUCACUGGAUUCCGAUCGCCAAAAUUCAGUUUGGGGUGGGGGACGCCGCUUAAUCAUCAGUUAUUUAUCCCAUCAUUUACACAUGCACAGACAGCUGCCGAAAAAAAAAAGAAAAUGCGGACCCCUAUGCGCUGCAUAUAGUGCAUACUCACUUUUGCGCCACUGUCAGUAGUCUUUAUGAAACAAAACCAAAAAAAUGAGUUACAUUUGGGGUCACACGUAGUGAAAAAUCACUAUAUUUUGAAUGAAUACACAUUGGGAUUUCUGUACGGUUAAAUAACUACCGAAACACGCUGUUAAGUUUUAGUUUAUUUCUUAUUUUGUGAUGUCUUCUGUGCCUGUUGUACCACGUGACGCGGUACGUGUCAAAUUCCGAAGAUUUUUUCGGACAAAAGAGGCGAGUCCAGACGAAGAGAGGGAGAGAGCCCUAACUCCGUGUGUGUGCGGAGUGAGGAAGACUUGUGCUUUGGUUUGUUGCCGAAUUAUCUUCGAGCGGUUUGAGUGUUUUUCACGGCUGAUAAACGAGGUCUGUUAGUGUGACCCAGGAUGGCCAGUAAGGGCAGCGUCAGGCCAGACGAAGGCCUGAUGAUGAUGCAGGAACUUGACGACCGCCUUAAAGAGCAGAUCGACAAACUGGAGCAUGUUCGCCUUGCUGCAGUUGAAGUGAAGGACAGCUUGUCUGGGAGCCACGGUGAUCUGACCCAGUCUAUCAACGAACAUCUGGAAUGGCUGAGUCACUUGUCGGAUCGAGUAGAAACUCUUCAUAUGAACACAACUGUUUUCAUUCAGAUGAAUCCAAAACCUCGCGCGUGGUCUGGCAAACAGGGUUCCAGGCAUGGCUACCGCUUGGGUCGUCUCCACCAGGGAGACGAUGUCAUGUCGGAGUUUGGAUGGUCUCCACAUCGCACUCGACGCAACAGCGACGCUGCCUCUGAAAUGUCCUGUAACUGGUGAACAUGUAAACGGUCCCGUGUGUCAGCUAAGGUUACGAAAUGAAAAUAAAAUAACAUUUCAUUUUUACUGUUACAUAGUCACACAUUUCUAUGCCACGUUUUACAUGUAAUUUAAUGAUUUUCCAUUUAAGCUUUUUGUCGUGUAUGUCGUUUAUAAUGUUUCUGAACAUGCAAGAUUUUUAAUAAAAGUGUGGUGCAUGACCAUGCCA